AGGCUAAUCGCCUAAAGCUCGUUGGAACAAAUAGGAAAUUUCUCUGUGACAUUUCGAAUUAUAUUUUUCAACAUGGUAAAUUACUUGCGAGCCUGCGAUCAAAACUCGGUCCCAGUCUCUACCCCGUCAAAAGGAAGGCUCAUCAUGUCUUUUGCGCCAGAUUUACUGGACGCCGAGCGCGAAAAUUAUCUGCGACUCGCGCAGCUUCUGGUGGAGGGCGGGACCUCUGCGCUAAGGAAACAGUUUGAAGAUGGAUUAGUUACAUUAUACCCUGGUGCGACGCUUGGCGGAGUACUUGCAGCAAAAAAGGGACAACUGCAACAACUUAAGACCAAAGGAAAAUUGAAUCAAACCCAAUGGAGAAUGCUUUACCCUGCAAGUGGAGAUCCAAACAUGAACAACUUUGACAUCACGUCAUUGUCUGUUUUGCUAAGAAAUAUUGGUAGCUCGCGGCGUCCCACUGAUCCAUUUUGGAAUAAUGACCCACCUGACACAGAUACUUCCAAAGAGGCCAAUUAUGUGAGAUUAAGAUUGUUGAGGAAUGAAAUAGGACAUUCUCCUAAUAUAACAAUCAAAGAGGGUGAAUUUGAAACAUAUUGGAGGAGAAUUUCAAAUGUGCUGAUCUCACUUGGAGGGAACAAGGGUGAAAUAGAUCAUCUAAAGACAAAGCCCCUGGCCACAAAAGAUUAUGUUGGAGUACUUCAGCAGUGGAUGGCCUCGGAUUUUGUGAUUUUUGAGGAGUUACAAGAAAUAAGAAAAGAGAAUAAACAAAGAGACGAAGAAACGAAACAAAGGGACGAUGAAAUGAAAAAAAUAAUGAUGAAAAUUGGUGUCUUGAUAAAGUGUCCACUCUUCUUACAUCUAUUUUAUUUCGUUUUAUUUUUUUCAGCUUGUCAACUCAACAUCCACAUCGAUUGCAAAACUCAACCGCCAUCUCCACCGUCAUCCCUAUCAUCGCAAGCUUCGAAUGAUGAAGUCAUGCAAACUAUCGUUGAUUAUUUUUUUCGGAAGCUCAAUAGGGAUUGCCAACGACUUGUAUUGACUGAGCUUACAGCGCGAUAUAAUGCUGAGUAUGUCACUUCCGAAGAGACCAAUAGUCUGAGCAUUACAAUCUCAUGCCAGUCACUUGAGGGUCUGCAAAAGCUUUGGGAUGAUUCCCAGACUGGUCGCUUGAAUGAAGAAAUGGAGAAGCUGUUGGUGGUCGAUGAGGUCUUACAACUGUACAAUCUGAAAGAGAUCAAACUCCAGACAAAGAUAGUUCCUGAAGACUUUGUUAACUGCUGGAAUCAAAUGAAAUCUGACCCUGACACUCCGUCGGCUGACGAACACGACCAAGAGGUGGAACAAGAGUUGAUGAGGCGCAUAAGAGAAGCCGAGGAUGCAGCACAACGCGAGAAGGAGAAACGAAAAGUCAUUGAAGCGGCCCUGGCGCAAAUGAUCCAAGAAAACACUUCAAAGUUUGUUGACAAGCUGAAAAAGAAAGAGUUAACGGAAAGUGAAAGAGAAGAAUUGCUCCAGCUCUUGGUUGCUCAUCACAAGGUGCUUCUCGAAAAUGUUUCUUGUUUUGAAGAUUCCUUAAGGGAUAAAGAACUCGGAUUCUUGAAAAACAUUGUUCACGACUUGAACAAUAGUGUAAUGAAUGUUAAAGAAGGGAAAGAAGAGCUUGCCAAACUAAUUCCCAAGUACCAUGAGAUCAUGAUAAGGAACAUCGAACAAGAUCCCAAGAGUGAAAAAAGCUACCAAGCAUUGAGGGACACGACACAUGAUUUGUUAGACGGUUUGCGAGACUCUUUUAAAGCACAGAUAGAGCACACCAAACUAAUUCCUAAGUACCAUGAGAUCAUGAUAAAGAACAUCGAACAAGAUCCCAAGAGUGAAAAAAGCUACCAAGCAUUGAGGGAAACGACACAUGAUUUGUUAGACGGUUUGCGAGACUCUUUUAAAGCACAGAUAGAGCACACCAAACUAAUUCCUAAGUACCAUGAGAUCAUGAUAAAGAACAUCGAACAAGAUCCCAAGAGUGAAAAAAGCUACCAAGCAUUGAGGGACACGACACAUGAUUUGUUAGACGCUUUGCGAGACAUUUUUCAAGCACAGACAGAGCACACCAAACUAAUUCCUAAGUACCAUGAGAUCAUGAUAAAGAACAUCGAACAAGAUCCCAAGAGUGAAAAAAGCUACCAAGCAUUGAGGGACACGACACAUGAUUUGUUAGACGCUUUGCGAGACAUUUAUCAAGCACAGACAGAGCACGCCAAACUAAUUCCUAAGUACCAUGAGAUCAUGAUAAAGAACAUCGAACAAGAUCCCAAGAGUGAAAAAAGCUACCAAGCAUUGAGGGACACAACGCAUGAUUUGGCAAGAUUUUGCAAGGGAAAAGAAGAGCUAGACGAAAUUUUCCUUAAGUAUCACACGUUCCUGUUAAAGAACAUCGAGCAGGAACCAAUGAGUGAAAGAAGUCACAAUGCACUAAUAGCCGCAACGCAUGAUUUGUCAGAAUUUUCGUCGUGUGUUACAGACGAGGGAAAACAACAACUGUCCAAACUUCUCCCUCAGUACUACACGAUUUUAUUAAGAAAAAUCGAACAAGAUCCCAUGAGUAAAAGCAGCCUCGACGCACUAAUAACCGCUACUGAUGAUUUAUCAAAAAUGUGGCACUCAUCAGAGAUCGGUAAGCAGGAAAUUACAAAGCUUAUCCCUAAGCACAAUGAGAACAUACUCAAGAUAACGGAAAGAGUAAUGAACGAGUCGGGAUCUGCAGAUAGUGGACUUGACCGGUUAGAAAGGGUGAUUUCUAUUUUAACCAGUUUGGUGAAGCCCACAUCACAGGACAAUCGGAAAAUCCUCGACCUGAUCGUUAAGAUGGCAGAUGAGAUAUCACAGGACACAGAGUCUGUAAAGGGUCUUGAUCGAAUUCAGAAGACGGUAGAAGACCUAGGCCGUUUUCUUCAACCCUCUGACGCCGGGCAAAAGCAGUUGUUUAAAUUGACAGACGAACUUUGUAACACACUGAUCCACAGGGUAAAAUUGUCUGAUGAUCUGGAACCUCUUAUUCGCAGAGUUGAAGCCUUGAGUAAAAACCUCUCUGGGCCAAGUUCUGACAGAGUUGUGAUUUCAUUACUUUCUGUAAUUGAAGCAGCAUUACGACUGACGAAAGAAGAUCCCCAUCCCCACCUAUUCGACUCUCUCGAGAGGUUGUGUUGCAUUGUGAUUGAUGAAAUGGAGGUGACUCAUCUUGAUGGAGAAGAACUCUCCCGCAUUCUCACCAGCUUGUACAAGUGUUUCGCCGCCUUAGCUGAGAGUCCUCGAUACUCUAUAAAAGUGCAAUGGAUGAUAAAAAAGCAAAUGAUGGCAUUAGAGGAGAUGAUUAAAAGGCAUCCAAAGUCUGGGAAAGAAGUAACCAAGACUAUUCCCUUCAGCUCUUCUGACAUCGGCGGGUUAGGAUUGGGAUCUGAAAAAGGAAAAUGGCAAGUUGUACAGGAACAAAAGAAAAAGGAUACUUCCGAAUUUCCAGAGAGCCACCUGGAGACAAGAAAAGAUACUGAAUUAAAAUGAAGAAAUAAAAUGUACAGGAUGAGGGAUGUCGUGGAAGAGUGAUCUUAGAGUGUUAUCUGACAGAACGCUCGAUGUACUCCACGACGAUGAAAAUCAACAUCCAGGUUUAUAAUAUGACUUUCUUCAAUAAAGAAAAUAUAGUGGCUUUAACGUCUCACAUCGAGGCUCAGUUAAGUUAGAGAGAAUCGUUCGAGGCUUUAAAAUCUGGUAAAUGAUCGAAUGGAUUGAAAAUAGUAUUUGUAAGAAGCGUCCAAGUGUCCAAGUGCGAAGAACCUUGAAAUUAAAUAGACUAGAUCCUCUGCAUAUAAUUCAAUCCACUAAAAAUUGACGCCUUUCUAAUUAUCACACGUGGAUAAAAUAACCAGGAAUGUUUUUCGUCGCUGUUACACACUUUUUAAAUAGAAGAGUGCUGAUAGUGCUCAUAAAAAAUGAUUUCACCACAGAUGUACACAAGGAACCCAACGUAGCCCUGUAGUGUCUGAAUUAUUCUUUUUCUUCUGACAUUUUUAUUGGAAAAGAAAACUAAUUUCGAGAGAGUGAUGAUUAUGGCCAUAGGCUGACUGCAUGUGUACGAAAGGGUAUAAUCCAUUGUUCGCUAUUUUUACUCAAAUUUAUGGUUUCUCCCCUUGAACCACAACGACAGCGAAAAAAAAAAACAUCCGCCAUUAUAGUUUUAUAGAGAUAUGAGACCAUAUGAUUAUUUGAAAGAGUGUUUGUAGGUUGAGCACGCCACUGCUUCACGGAUAUAUUCAAACAUGUUCUAAACAGGGCAUUUGCUGAGAGUGGUUGCGCAUUCAUAUACUGUAUAACAUAUGCGAAUAACUAAAAAGCAAUUCUCUGAUAGGAGAGUCGCCUUUAAGACGUUAAAACGCGUGUAUAAACGAAGCUUAGUGUGUAUCGUCCAUUUGGAUGCUAACUAGCGGAUAUGAUCACGUGUAUCUCAUUGUCGCUAGUUCGACACAGAAAAGACGUUUGUCAGUCAUUAUAUUUCAUUAUGUAAUGCAGCCGCUUACUAUAUAUGAUGUAAUCACUAGCUUUCAAGUUUUUUUUCAAUAUUAUAUAAUGUAAUCAAUUUUAUAUGAUAUAGCCACUAGCUAGCAGUAUUUUAUAAUGCAGCUCCGCUUACUAUAUAUGAUGUGAUCACUACCUUUCAAGUUUGUUUUUCACUAUUAUAUAAUGUAAUCAAUUUUAUAUGAUGUAGUCACUAGCUUUCAAGAGUGUAUUUCACUAUUUUAUGAUGUAGUCACUAGCUUUCAAGAGUGUAUUUCACUAUAUAUGAUGUAGUCACUAGCUUUCAAGAGUGUAUUUCACUAUUUUAUGAUGUAGUCACUAGCUUUCAAGAGUGUAUUUCACUAUAUAUGAUGUAGUCACUAGCUUUCAAGAGUGUAUUUCACUAUAUAUGAUGUAGUCACUAGCUUUCAAGAGUGUAUUUCACUAUAUAUGAUGUAGUCACUAGCUUUCAAGAGUGUAUUUCACUAUAUAUGAUGUAGUCACUAGCUUUCAAGAGUGUAUUUCACUAUAUAUGAUGUAGUCACUAGCUUUCAAGAGUGUAUUUCACUAUAUAUGAUGUAGUCACUAGCUUUCAAGAGUGUAUUUCACUAUAUAUGAUGUAGUCACUAGCUUUCAAGAGUGUAUUUCACUAUUUUAUGAUGUAGUCACUAUAUAUAAUGUAGUCACUAGCUUCCAAGGGUGUAUUUCGCUUUUAAUAUUGUAUUGAUAACGAAGUCACUAUAUAUGAUAUAUAGUCACUAGAUAUCAAGUGUGUAUUUUAGUAUUAUAUAAUGUAGUCACUAUAUAUGAUGUAGUCACGAGCUUUCAAGGGUGUAUUUCCAGAGCCGUAGCAGGCCACGAAAGAUUAGGGGAAGGGGGCACAAUACAGAAACAUCAUGAAAUAUUGUGGGGCACAGCCACGCCCCUACCGGUCAUUUCCUUAUAAUUUUUGAAAAUAUUGGGGUAGACACAUACCCUCAGGACCCCACCCCCUGCUACGGCCCUGAUUUCACUAUCAUAUGAUGUAGUCACUAUAUAUGAUGUAGUCACUAGCUAUCAAGUGUGUAUUUCACUAUUUUAUAAUGUAGUCACUAUAUAUGAUGUAGUCACUAGCUAUCAAGUGUGUAUUUCACUAUUUUAUAAUGUAGUCACUAUAUAUGAUGUAGCCACUAGCUAUCAAGUGUGUAUUUCACUAUUUUAUAAUGUAGUCACUAUAUAUGAUGUAGUCACUAGCUAUCAAGUGUGUAUUUCACUAUUUUAUAAUGUAGUCACUUGACUAUAUUUGAUGUAGUCACUAACUAUUAAGUGUAUUUUUCAUUUAAGAAAUAAAGCAUUGUGCCAGUUC